GACGUCACUUGUCCCAUAAUUUGUUGAAAAGAAAAAUCGGAGGUAUCUUCUCCUAAAAUGGCUUUGGAAGAACAGAGAAGAGAAGGCCUGACGCACUGACGUUAAUUUCUUGAAUUACGUUACUUAUGUUGCUAAAGUUUGUGCAGAUACACGAAAUCUCGUGUGCAUUCCAACAUAGGUAUAAUGGCUACCAACGUCAUAAGCUACCUCACUCACUGCCUUUUGUACCCCAAUAUCUCAGCAAUCCUAAAUCAGCAACGUAAUCGAAUCUGGCACCACAUCGGAGGUACAACAGGACGUCCAAGAUGACAUCUAAGCCAUAUCAGAAAGAGCUGGACCUUGCUCUCAAAGCUGUGCAUCGAGCUAGCAUUUUAACGAAAAAGGUCCAACGGCAGGGGAAGGAUAAAGGCGUGUCCGAUAAAAGUGAUGCCUCCCCCGUCACCAUGGCCGACUUUGGAGCGCAAGCACUACUCAUUGGAGCCUUGCACGACGCAUUCCCUGAUGAUGUGUUUGUCGCUGAAGAAUCCUCGGACAUCCUGCGAGCAAACAGCGAAUUGCUAGACCGCGUCUGGGAGCUUGUCACAUCUGUUAACGAUCUAGAUGGCCUACCACUCCCUAGCAGUAAGCAGGACAUGGUCGAAUUAAUCGACUUGGGCAGUAGUGGCAGCAAAGCAGCAGAGAGCGGGAGUGAGCGAAUAUGGAUUUUAGAUCCUGUCGACGGCACCAAGACCUUUAUGACCGGUAAUCAAUAUGCUGUCUGUCUUUGCUUGAUGGAAGACGGCAAACAGAAAGUAGGUGUGUUAGGAUGUCCGAAUCUUCUCUACGACACAGCAACGCCAAUCGUGGCUGAAGAUAUCGUCGAUGUCGACGGCAAUGGACUCAUCGUAGCUGCUGUUGCCGGCCAAGGUACCUUUUGUGCGCCACUCGAUAGUUUCGCAGAUGAGAACGCUCGCACUGCACUCAAGCUAAACACAGUGCCGCCUUAUCCUGGAACCAUGCGGUUCAUCGACUCGAUGGCGUCAGAACACAUUUCGAAGCUGCACCAUGAACGUCUCUACCAACGUGGAUUCCCCGACGCUCCUCAUCGCAUGGGUGCAAUCAACGAUAUCUUGUGGCCCGAGGAUAUCUCGGCAAUGCAGAUGAAAUACAUUGCCAUCGCGUUAAAUGCCGCCGAUGCCACAUUUUGGAUUCCUGCUGACAAGGAAUUCUAUGGCUCUGUAUGGGAUCAUGCCGGAGGUCAGCUCAUCCUCGAGGAGGCCGGUGGAGUGGUCACCGAUAGCGCUGGAAACCGAUUUGUUUUCUCCAAGGGACGGCGAACUUUCGCAGGCGGCAAUUGGGGUUUUGUGGUGGCCAGAAGCCCUGAAAUCCACAAGUUUGUUUUGACUGAAGUUCAGAAUUUGAUCAAGCAGGGCAUUUGACAAACCGUGGCUGACGGUAGGGCUCUCUGAGGGGGGCAGUAACACUUGAACAAAAUACCAAUACUAUACACCUAUCAAGUCCAAGUCAAUCUCAACUUGACGAACGUCUUUGCAAUUUCUAUCUCGUUUCAAAGCUCUGUUCUAUUUAUCCAUCGGUUGAAUACAUUCCGUUAUGACUCCUUCAUGGCAAGUAACCAAAGAAAAAAAGCCAUGAAGGUGAGGUGUAUUCGACAGUUGAUUGAUUCUCACCGAUGAGGGAAACCGCAUCCUCGACAUUGACAACUGGAACAUUCCUCUCCAUCGACAAAAAAGGCUGCCGGGGACUUUAUAACACGGCGCAGUUCCUAUAACAUAAAAAUCUCACCUGUUAUCGGGGU